AUGUCCAACUUCAUGCAAAUUGUGGAGGCCCAGAAGACCAUGGAGAGCAGUGUCCGCAGGAUGCUCACUGAGUUUGAGCGGAAGUUGAAUAAUUCCCCAGCAGCCAAGGUGACCAUUGCCAGUGUCAGCGAGGAACUUUCAGUGUUUAAGGAGCAGACAUUGGCAUUGCUCAAACUCAUGGGAGAGCAAAUCAAUGCUCUCAGCAAAUCCCAGGACAUCAUGGAGAUGAGGCACAGGCGAAAGUUUCUUUUAUUUAAUGGCAUACCAGAGGAAGCCGACGAAAAUGUAAGCGCUAAAGUCUCUAGUAUUGUCAGCGAGCAUUUGAAGAUCCCUGAUGUAUCAUCACCUUGCCUUAGGGCUUGUCAUCGGCUCGGUAAGCCUUCUGAAGGUCGUUGCAGGCCCAUUCUGGUGCGUUUUGCCGACAUAAGUCUAAAAGCUUCAGUCUGGAAAAAGAAAACAGCCUUCAAGGGGACCGCGUUUUCUCUUGCCGAGUUCCUCACUCCGCAGCGGCAGGCCCUGUUUGCAGAAGCACGCAAGGCGUUUGGCAUGAGGAACUGCUGGUCUCUUGAUGGCAACAUCCACGUUAAGUUGCGCACGGGUAAACGAGAACGCAUCGAGUCCGAGGAUGACAUCAUUCGGCUGAAGACUGCACAGGGCGAGCGCCCGGCGCAAUCGACGUCUACACCUGAGCAACCAGUUGAAGAGGAGAACGCGACGAACCCCAGUGGCCAGCCUGGCCGAUCUCGGCGUGUUGUAAAACCGGUGUCGCUUUAUUAA